AUGGGGACACUUUCUUACCUGUUCCUGCUCUUGCUGCUCCAGGAAGUUAAGACAGACUAUUCUGAAGAUGGUGUGGAUCACAGGGAAAUGGUUACAGUCCUUCAGGAGUCCAUCAGUUUACCCCUGGAAAUACCAUUUGAUGAAGAGGUUGAGAACAUCAUCUGGUCCUCCCACAUAAGGCUUGCUACUGUGGUGCCAGGGAAAGAGGGACAUUCAGCUACCAUCAUGGUGACCAACCCUCAGUACCAAGGUCGAGUAAGCUUCCUGAGUCCCAGCCACUCUCUGCAUAUCAGCAAUCUGAGCUUGGAGGACUCGGGGCCUUACCAAAUUCAAGUCAGCCUGAGGAUGCCCCAGAUCUCCACCAUGCAGCAUUACAAUCUACGUAUCUACCGAUGGCUGUCACAACCUUACAUCACUGUAAAUGAGAUUUCUGGCAGAGGUCCCUGUAAUAUGUCCCUGACAUGCUCUGUUGAGAAGGCAGACCUGGAUGUGACCUACAGCUGGAUAUUCUGGGAGGAUGGCGGUGACACAGCUCAUGGAGACUCUGUCCUCAGUACAUCCUGGAGACCCGGGGACAAUACCCUCUCCUACACCUGCAGGGCCAGCAACCCCAUCAGCAACAUCAGUUCCCAUCCCCUCCCUGUUGGGUCCUUCUGUGCAGAUGCUGGCUACCCUUUAGGGAAGGCCUCAGCUUCCUUCUGCUUCCUGGCCGAGGCUUUACUCCUUUUCCUGCUUUUGGUAACUCUGGCCAUGGGGCUGUGGCUCAUUCAAGGCCAGAAAAGAUGCAAGACACCAAGGAUGAGAAAAUUCAGGAGAAGCAGAGUGAGACUGAGAAAGAAAGAGGAGCCUGGCUCUAACCUAGCCCCAUUGCCUCUUAAGAGACCCCUGUCCUGA